AAUCACCCCAGCGCCUGCGUGCGCAGUUCCUCGCAUCUACGACACUCUUGACGCAUCCGUGUUGAGCUGCGCCGGAAGUGACCGGCGGCGUUGCACUAGCAGUUCGCGCUAACCGGACCGGGACCGGCGGAGCCGACACCAGACUCGAAACAUCAGGAUCCCACCGGGCCGAACGGAUAGAUCGUGCAUUUCUCCGAAUCUGGAGUUUAUCUGCAGUUAGUGGCGGUGAGAAUCCAGGAAGUGCAUCGUGACGUGCGCUCAAGAAGCUUUUGUUUGGGGGCGUGGCCUGUUGGCGUCUUCUAACUCACGAUUGGUGAACAGGUGUCUAGCCAUCCUGCUGUGGCUCUGUGGGCACGCAGUGGGUGGAGUCAGGCUCAGACUCAAGCUGUGAUUGGCUGAGAGUGAUGAGUGGGCUGACGGGGGCUCAUGGGCGGCGGGGCGGGGCCGGGGGCUGCGAGCGGGGGCGGGGCAUGGAUUCGUCGUGCUGGUUCGCCCCCGGCGCCCUGCGGCGACUGUUCGAGCUGCCGGCGCCGGUUCUGUCACGCCACCAGCUGAAGCGUUUGGAGGAGCAUCGCUACAGCAGCUCAGGACGCUCGCUGCUCGAACCCGUCAUGCAGCGCUACUGGGAGUGGCUUGUCGGGAGAAUGCCACCCUGGAUCGCGCCCAACCUCAUCACCAUCGUCGGCCUGGCGACCAACAUCUUCACAACACUGGUGCUGGUGUAUUACUGCCCGACUGCAACCGAACAGGCUCCUCUCUGGGCGUAUCUCCUGUGUGCGGUGGGCCUGUUUGUCUAUCAGUCAUUGGAUGCCAUCGAUGGAAAACAGGCCAGACGCACUAACAGCAGUUCACCACUGGGGGAGCUGUUUGACCACGGCUGCGAUUCGCUCUCCACAGUGUUUGUGGUGUUGGGCACCAGUAUAGCGGUUCAGUUGGGCUCUCACCCCGACUGGAUGUUCUUCUGCUGUUUCGCCGGCAUGUUCAUGUUUUAUUGUGCCCACUGGCAGACGUACGUCUCCGGUACGCUGCGCUUCGGCAUCAUUGAUGUUACAGAAGUGCAGAUCUUCAUUAUUCUCAUGUAUUUACUGGCUGCUGUGGGCGGAUCGGCUUUCUGGCAGUCUCGGAUUCCUGUCAUAAAUAUCCAGAUGAAAAUAAUUCCUGCACUUUGCACGUUUAUUGGGGUGGUUUUCUCGUGUACCAAUUACUUCCGAGUCAUAUUUACAGGCGGCGUGGGGAAAAACGGAUCCACGAUAGCGGGUACGAGUGUUUUGUCUCCCGUCCUGCACAUCGGCUCAGUUAUCAUCCUCGCUAUGAUGAUUUAUAAAAAAUCCGCUGUCCGGCUCUUCGAAAAACAUCCGUGUUUGUAUAUUCUGGCCUUCGGCUUCGUAUCGGCCAAAAUCACCAAUAAAUUAGUGGUGGCUCACAUGACCAAGAGCGAGAUGCAUCUUCACGACGUGGCGUUUCUAGGUCCCGGCCUGCUGUUCCUCGAUCAGUACUUCAACAGCUUCAUCGAUGAAUAUCUGGUGCUGUGGAUCUCUCUGAUUCUGUCCCUCUUCGAUCUGGUGCGCUACUGCGUGAGCGUCUGCAACGAGAUCGCGUCUCACCUGCGCAUCUGUGUCUUCAAAAUCAAGCCGCAGCCGCCCCUCGAGUGACCUCUGACCCCGAAUUCAUCCUCUUCCUGCACUUUCAUCCUGCUACUGUUACUCGUCUGAGACGUAUUUAAACCAUUCUGCACUUAGACUAAUGCAGUUCUUCAUCCCCAGUGAAUGAACGAACAAAUAAAUGAAUGAACGAACUUCACCAAGUCACUUUUCUUUAGACGAUUAUUUUAAGAACGUUUGGAUUACCCAUGAUGCAUCGGUGUUAUCAUUUUAACGCUGCGUUUGACUAGUUCUCACAUGUUUAAAUCGGAUUAAAGUCACAUCAAUAAUGAUUUUGUCGCUGCUAAUAAUAAUGAUUUGCCCUCGUUCUCGUCCUUCUUGUUGACGUACGACUGUGUUUUCUGUUUUUGUUCCAUCUAAAGCUCGUUUGUGUUUCGUUGACCGUAUUCACUCCGUUUAAGUGUUUCUCUGAAGGAUGUUUCUGUCGUUUUCUUCAGUAAUGGUAGCGGUUUUAGAUUGAAAGCACUUAAUUUAUUGGUUCGUCCCUGAAUGAGAGAUUUCACAAACUUGUGCCUGCUGGGUGAAUCAUUCAAUGAACAUUUUCCAUGUUUCAACCUAAAAUUAAAAGAAAAACUUAAGAAAUUAUAUCAUGUUCAAGAGCGUUGGAAAAAUUUUAGCAUUUUGAUUUUUAAUGACAAUUUCUUUAUAAAUUCCCGUUACUGUAAUACAGUAAUACAAGCAUCCUGUAUGGAAAAAACACUUAUUUAGUACAAUAAAUACUGCCAUUGUGUACUUUAAAAAUGUACAAUUUAAAUAAAAUGUACUAUUUUUUUGCAAUGGAAUUGGGCUUAAAUGUAAGUAAUGUCAGAAUGUAAAAAAAUUGUAAUAGUUCAAAAUACGCUAGAUCUAAUUUCUAACUUAUUUCUUUUGAUUUUGGGCUAAAAUAUGACUUGGACAUGUUCUUGACAGAUAUGGUGAGAUUCACCCUGUUUUACUUUGCUUCAUUCUGUGUUAAAAAUCAUGAAUGCCAAGAAUGGGUUUGUGGUCUCAGUUAUUUUAAUGCAUUUAAAGCGGUCAUACGUGUCUUUGCUGUGCCGUCGACAACUUCCUGAAUAAUGAGCUUCACUUUGACCCUUGGCGUUAGAUGAUUUUCUGAGCUGAAGUUGUACGUUGAAUUUCUCGAAUCAGAUGUUAAUAUUCAUGUUCUUUUGUAUGAUAAUUCAUCAUUAAAGUUCAUUACUGAUGAUGUUUAAACCCAAAGUAUGUGUGUGGAGUAACAGUCACGUGAGAUUAUGAAUCCAUCUGCUGAUUAGUGUUGAUUUUUAGUUUUGAAUAUUUCACAUACAUGAACAAUUGCCUUAAAUAUUAAGAAUUGGAAAAGUUUUGAACUUUGCAUGUUGGAAUCUUUAUUUCUCAGGCGAAUAAUAUUAAUAAACGUAAAUAAAUGAUAAAUCGUAGUUUGUAGAAACAGCUCGACGCUGCCACCCAGAAAACAAAAGUUUAAAUGACUUUUGCUAAAUGUCCUGAGUUUGUGCAAUCGAUGUAAUUAAUGAUCAAAUGAAUGAUCUUUAUCUGCAGAUAAUUAAACUCCAGCGAGGAGCUCUAAUAGUUGAGGAAUUGAUUUAGUUUUACUACUUUCGCUUCAUGUAAUUCAAACGCCUGCUGUUAUUCCUUAUGGUUAAAGUUUCUCAAUCUUCACAUCCAGUAUAAGAGAGGAAAUACGUUUGCGUUUCUGUGUUCAUCUCUUGCAGAAUGAAACUGUCUGUUCACACUUAAUCAUUAGCUUUGAUUCUUUUAGUUCUUGUUGCCAAAUCCUUUCUGGGAGUUGUUCUUUUCACUUUAAAAUGGGACAACAGAUUUAAGCUCUCUUUAAAUCUUGCAGAUGGAAACGUCCAAUGUUAUUUUAGUUUGUUUCUCUGAUGACAUACUCAUUCAUUCAGUAUUUUCAGUGAUGUAAACCGCCUGUCUCUGACUCAUAACAAACUGUUGAUUUGAUUGUAACAUUGCUCUGAUUUUUGAAUAAAAGCUCCUGUAAAAUAAAGAUUGCUAUAUUUAUGAUAA